CUUCUUAUCUUGUGAUAAGACAUAUUGAUUGGAAUCACUCUGCACAUGCACAGUUUGUUUUUUUUCCUUGGGAGAGUGCAUUUUGGUUUUUUCCUUUGGAGAGUGCAUGUGAUCAGCACAGGGUCAAUCAGUGCUGUCCUGACAGAGGGUCCUUCAGCCUCAAAGGACAAUCAGAGGAGAAUGAAAACUCCUCCUACAAGCUUUAACCAGUGCUUAGCUGGACACUGGUAGAAGUCACAAAACUGUUCUAACUGUUGAUGAGAAACAGUGUUUAGCAGUUUAUAUUUACUAAAAUAAUUGCACUUCCAUAUUCUGUGUACUGUGGGAGGCCAGAUAGAGUGAAUACAGGAUCCAGG